CGGACGCCGCUCUUCCGUCUAUACUGCGAGCGAUAUCGACGCGUCGCGACGCAUUCCAAAAAAUUUAUACCGUUUCGUUAUUUUUUCCUGGCGAUAAAGUUUUACGACUGUGGUUCGCGCGAGAAGGGGUCUUUAUGAUUAAAUGACCAUAGCCUAACUAAAAUACGGACGUAUGAUAGUGUUGUUGUUUCGAGGUUUUGAUAUUUUUUAUUUUGGGCAGUGAUGUGAUAUAAACUGUGCGAAAUGACCGCCAAUCAAUGGAUAAUUGGAUUGUUGCUUCUUAUUUCAAUGAUUUUCGAAGAUGUUUUCGCAUUGAAAGACGUCGUCUUGACAAUCGAGCCGAAAGUAGUGCAAAGACUGCAGCAUUCAACGUUACGAUGCUCGUACGAUCUCGAAGACGACGUUCUCUAUUCGGUUAAGUGGUAUAGAGGGCGACACGAAUUCUAUCGGUACACCCCUAGCGAGACGCCCAGCACGAAAGUGUUUCCUUUUGGUGGAAUCACUGUGGAUGUGAAUAACUCAAAUAGUACUCAGGUAGUACUUAGAGAUAUUGAAUUUAAUUUAUCUGGUAACUUCAGCUGCGAAGUUACAAUAGAUGUUAGAUUCUCAACAGGGAUGGACACAAAAUCAAUGCUUGUAGUUCAAUUGCCAGACUUCCCUCCGAAAAUAAGCGUGGGAAGAGAGCCCCUGGACUACGGAGACACUUUGCGUGCGAAUUGUUCCUCUCCACCCUCCAGACCUCCAGCCCACCUCACUUUUCUGCUGAACAACUUAACGGUCGCACGUAGCGAUCCACUGCCGCCCAGGAGGACGGCUGAUCUCGCCUGGAGCGAUCUGUCACUAGAAAUGGAACUGUACGAGAUUCACUUCAGUCAGGGUAGACUUAUGUUGCAGUGUGUGGCCGAAGUGGCCGGUAUAUACCAAGAGGAUGCUGUUCUUGCACUCGACAGCGCCAGAGAACCGGUACCAGAAAGAGUGAGCGCAAGUGGGUUUCCUAACUGCAACGUAAGCGAUAGGACUCUAAUAGUUUUAAUACAUUUGUAUAUUUUGUCGUUUUGGAGAUAGGGGUACUUUUAAUUUAUUUCAUUGCAGUCGAUUUGAUUUUAUAAAUGUGGUCAGUGGAAGUUGUUGCAAUGCUUACAGGUUUGAGAUAAAGUUUGUUGCCAUUGGUAAAUUCAUAUAUCUCAAAAUAAAUUGGAACAAGCAACUGAGCCCAUUAAUGUGAACUAUCUACUUAUUACGUGACCAACUCAUAUUAUUAUCGCAGUUUCCUGUUUUUUCCUUAAUAAUUUCUUUCGUAACUUACAUAAAACACGUUUAGUCUUAACAUUAAAUUACCCUAAAAUGUGGUUAUGUAGUAUUUUCAAACUAGAGAAAGUUAUGAGCUAUUGAAAACCACACAUUUUCCCCCUGAAUUUGUGUGUAACGGGAUAACGUUUAGUAAAACUUUCAAACUAUUCAUUCUGAUGUGCACUUCAGUAAUAACACUCAAAAAGACUACUAUAGGUACCGUAGUAAUUUGUGUGAAUCACAUUCCAGAAUUAAACUCAAGAACAUACAGUACCCUGCAAAUAGCAAAUAAAUUUAAUCUAGCGGAAAUAAUACUAUAUAAAUUGCUGUGCUAUCUGAGUAAAAAGAACACGUCCGAGUACUCUGAAGUAGGUUAACUUUAAUUGGCAAUUUUUCAAUAUAAUUCUUUUUUAAAAGAUUAUUGCUUUAAAACUGAGAGCCAGAUAGAUGUUGUUUCGAUAGUGAUCCAAUUACCGAUAGCAAAUCUAAUAGAAACUUACCAAUUUGUACAUGUUCAUUUAGUUCGUCGUAGGGUAACAAUUUAUUUUGUUUUAACAUUUAAUAUGUACAUUUCUUCAUCACUGUAGCAUUUAAUUCAGUUUUAGAAAAAAAUAUAACACUAGUAACUGAAAUAAUAAAACGAAAAUGCCCAACCAUUUCAGCUGAAUAUUUGCCUGAAGCUUUAUAACAGAAUAAACCCACUAUUCUUAUUUAUAUUCGGAAAAGGUUACCAAUAGGAAUGGAAAACCAAAACAAACGACGGCGAUAGUCCCAAUAUAACAGAAAGAAGUUUACGCUUAACUGGACUAAACACACAAUCAUGCGAAAAUACGACAACGUUCCCCCGAAAAAUGUUCCAACGGGGUUAACGACAGGAAACUGAUAGUGACGUGGAUAUUCUGUCUCUAUGUAUCGGCAUUUGUUAUAUGUAUUAUUGCGAGUUUCCCAAACAAAUUUUCUUAUUUGCAUACUCGAAAAACAUGUCACAAAUAAAUAUUUUUUCAAACUAGUUUUCUUAUUUUUUUACACUUAGACAACUUUGAUAAUGUAUUAUUAUUUAAUAUUUACUGUAUAAUUUAACAUUUUUUUACUGAAAAUCCAAAUAUUAACGUACACAAUUUUAUAUGUGGUCCAUAUAAAUCCCAUUUGGAUUAGAACGAAAGCGGUCGCGCGAUAUAACAUUUAAUAUUUUAAAUUAAUGCAAUAAACCUUCGCAUUGUGUAGGUCAUGUUGGCGUGCUGCAUUCAGUAAAAGCUUUCCGAUAGUUCCUCUUUUUAUUAAAAACCGUAUAAUCCGACGAGUUGGUUGCGGAGUUUGGUGUCUAUUUCGCUCGCUUCCAUCCCACGGGUGCCGUUGCUAGUCGAGAUGGGAUGUGCUGAAGACGUUGCCGCAUUCUAAAUAUUAACGUAUGCAAAUGUUUACCAAAAUAUAAACCUGAUUAGGGACGUAAUGUAUUCUUCUUCUUCCUUUUCGUCGGUCUAGAUUUAUUCAUAAACUUCUGUCCAGAGAAAUCUGUAAGAUAAAUCGUUUGUUUACAUGUUCCCCGCACAUACCUACAUGUUGUAAUAACUUGUACUGACAGAAACUUGUAAAUACGCAAAUAACAAAAUGAAUUACGACUACAGUGUUAAAUGUGUUACAAUAGAAAAUAUCGUAAUAGUUUUAUAAAUAAAUUUUGUACUGAUAAUAUAUAUAUGAAAUAAAACUGUCAUAAAAUAGGAGAUAAUUGUUUUAAAUAAGCUAUAUAAAACAAACUAAGUUUAAGUCAAUUAAAUGAUAUACAUACAUAUAUUAAGAAGUUAGACAAUCACCUUCCCAUGUGCAAAGCUCAACAACUAUAUGUUUUUAAACUGAAGGCUCAAAACAUAAGGAGAAAGUGAGUUAAAAAUUGUCCAAUUAUUGAGUCAGGAAUUGAAUAAUCUUAUCAAAUAACUGCUUUUAAGGUUGUUUCUUUGACUGAAUUCAAUUUUAUAAAAUGCCGCUUUAAAUUUAGAUGAAAUAAACGCCAGUCCUAGUAUAGGAAUAAUAUUUAAAUGGAUAAACACGUCAUUUGUCAUGACACUAAUUCGAUAUUUGUAUAGCUUAUUUAAGUAAAUGGAUAUGUGUUAACAAAUUAAAUAUUUACAAUCAGCUGUAGAUAUAAAAACAUAUUAAUGAAACGAUUUAUGUCCACGUUUUUUGUUAUGAACGAUUGUUAACUGUGAUAAUAUUAUUAAAUACAGCCGUUAUGUUCAA